CAACAACUCCAUCUGACUCUUCCAUCUUUACUUCAUCUUCUCAAAGAAGCACACUCACCUCCACCCAACAAUGGUUGACUGUGGUCCAUCCUGCGCUGUCCCAUCCUGUGCUUCCACCCCCACCGUUGGGUUUGGCUCAGCAGGAGGUCUCGGCUAUGGUGGUCUUGGCUAUGGAUUGGGAGGUCUCGGCUAUGGAAAUGGAGGAUUCGGCUACGGAUUUGGUGGUCUCGGCUAUGGACAUGGAGGUGCUGAAAGAGCAGCCAACCUCGGAGUCCUGGCAGGAGUUGCCCCAUCCUGCAUCAACCAGAUCCCACCAGCAGAGGUCGUGAUCCAGCCACCUGCCUCCGUUGUGACCAUCCCAGGGCCCAUCCUCUCUGCCAGCUGUGAGCCUGUGGCUGUUGGAGGCAACACUCCAUGCGCCGUUGGUGGUUCCGGGAUCGUAGGAGGCUAUGGGGGCUUGGGCUUUGGGUCUGGUCUCCUUGGAAGCUCUGGAGGUUUCGGCUAUGGUUUGGGCUACGGGAGGGGUGCACUCCUUGGAAAGAGGUUCGGGCGACGUUUUAGCAUCUGUUCAUAGGCCAAUUAAAUCUGAGAAGCAUAUCCUGGACUGAUAUCCAAGUGCUGAAUCUAAAUGAUCAUGGCUGAAAAAUCACCCCCCCCCUUUUAUUUUAAAGUAGAGAAGAAUAAGAUCCUUCCACACUAUGUGUCUUCCUAGCUUCUUGUACAACUUUAUGUACCAUUUCCUUGAACUUUUCAAUAAAGCGUCUUCA